UGGGUGGUGAACAAAUAAGUUCAAUAGGACGAGGUCUCUGUGUGCUGCUGGGCAUUUCUUUGGAAGACACGCAAAGAGAACUGGAGCACAUGGUUCGAAAGAUCUUGAACUUGCGAGUAUUUGAAGAUGAAAGUGGGAAGCACUGGUCCAAAAGUGUGAUGGAUAAACAGUAUGAAGUGUUGUGUGUGAGCCAAUUUACUCUGCAGUGCAUCCUGAAAGGAAACAAGCCCGACUACCAUAUGGCAAUGCCUACAGAGCAGGCAGAGUGUUUUUAUAACAACUUCCUAGAGCAGCUAAGAAAAGCCUACAAACCAGAGCUUAUUAAAGAUGGCAAGUUUGGUGCCUACAUGCAGGUACACAUCCAGAAUGAUGGUCCUGUAACAAUAGAACUGGAGUCCCCGGCUGCCACUGUCGACCCUAAACAGCUGACAAAACUUGAAAAACAGCAACAAAGAAAAGAGAAGACCAGAACCAAGGUUCCCUCUGAGUCAAGUAGAGAAAGAAAUGCCCCCCGUAACAAGGAUGACCCCAGCGCAAGCAGUGGAGCAGAAGGAGAUGUGUCUUCAGAAAGAGAGCCUUAGCUCAUCCAGAGCAGGCCUCAGUUUCUCGUACAAAAGCUACACUGCAUUCUUGAAGAGAGACCCAACAGACAUUCACCUCAGCACCACUCUUCAACAGCUUUGGAAAAGAAUGGAAAAUGGGAAAACAGCUAAGACAUUAGAGACCUGUAUCGUUCGAUAUUGAAACAACCAAAGCAAUGCUAUCAGAUUCAGUUGUUAAUGUGUAGUAUCAGUAGUGAGAAGGACUUGUAACAUUUUUGUGUAUGUGUUUUCACAUGACUGCUGAAUAAAGGGUGACUGUAGGCAGAUUGUAGCAGAACAUUCACUUUCAGUACAUAAGCUCCAUUUCGAAUAUAAAUCAGGGUUUUUCCUUAAACUUACACUUGAAUUCUGAAAGCUAUCCAAGCAGGCUUGUAUUUUGAUUCUCACUCUGUGGUGUCAUGUGCUACCUGUUUCCAUGGCAGCAUGUAGAUCUCUGUAUAUUUUGGUACAUCGUUCAGCUGCUCUGUAUCACCAAGUUAGGCAGUCCAGUCUUUCUGCAUGAGUUAAGUUAUUAAAAGGAAAGAUCAGCCGCUCGUUGUUUAACAUGUGGAACACAUCUGUCUUGUAAACUUUUUUAAAAACAGAAAAGACUUUAUUAAACAAAUGAUGCUAGCUGA